UCAACGUCAACACACGCACACACACACACACACACACACACACACACCUUCGCAGCUCCAGUGUGCUGGCUCGACCUACUACAGACUACAGGGAAGUCUCCACACGCAUAAGUCUGUCUGCGGUGCACUUGUUAUCACAACAGAGAUGAUUGAAACUUGACCUGGAAUUCUGACUGUGCGAGGAACAACCUUCCCUGCAGGAGGCUUCGAAUCCAGAGCUGCCGGAUCCCUUUUGUGCCAACACAGAGAGGGGGGAUUUAGAGUUUGUGCUGCACUGGGGGAAGUUCAACUCCUCCACUGGGCGCUGUGCGGAAGUCACAGCGGAAUACAAAAACAGCCUCUGUUUACACAGACUCAUCACGCUGCCUCUUUUAUCCUUACUUCUGUCCUGGCUUCUCAUCAUUUGCCUCCUGUCCUCAAGGGAAGUUUUAUCCCCCUUUAACAGCAUCCAUCACGUCAUCUGGCCCCCCCCCCCCCCAGCGUUUACUCAUCUCAUAAUGAACUCCUCUGCCUCCAUUACAUCCCUAUUCUCCUUCACCAGCCCGGCGGUGAAGCGUCUGCUUGGCUGGAAACAAGGGGAUGAGGAGGAGAAGUGGGCGGAGAAGGCUGUAGAUUCUCUAGUGAAGAAACUAAAGAAGAAGAAGGGGGCAAUGGAGGAGCUGGAGAGAGCCCUCAGCUGCCCAGGACAGCCCAGCAAGUGCGUGACCAUUCCACGGUCGCUGGACGGCAGGUUGCAGGUGUCCCACAGGAAGGGACUGCCCCAUGUCAUCUACUGCAGGGUGUGGCGCUGGCCCGACCUGCAGUCCCACCACGAGCUGAAAGCCCUGGAGUGCUGCGAGUUCCCCUUCGGCUCCAAGCAGAAGGACAUCUGUGUCAACCCUUACCACUACAGGCGCGUGGAGACUCCAGUGCUGCCACCAGUUCUGGUCCCACGCCACAGCGAGUUCAACCCUCAACACAGUUUACUGGCAAAGUUCAGGAACGCCUCCCUGCACAACGAGCCUCUGAUGCCCCAGAACGCCACCUACCCAGACUCCUUCCCCGCACUGCCCUGUUCCUCCUUCUCCUCCUCCCCUUCUUCCUCCCUCGCCCAGUCCCCCACCUCACAGAGUUACCCCAACUCCCCCAACAGCUCCGCAGAGCCUGGCAGCCCGUAUCACAUCACAGCUGAGACUCCCCCACCUCCGUACAGCAUGAUGGAGACGAGUCCUCCAGAGGAUGUGAAGCCCAGCAACUCCACAGAACCCAUCAAACUCACAUUCUCAGCUCCACACAGAGAUUUACGGCCUGUAUGUUACGAGGAACCGGAGUACUGGUGUUCAGUGGCUUAUUACGAGCUCAACAACCGGGUGGGGGAGACUUUCCACGCGUCGUCCCGCAGCGUCUUGGUGGACGGCUUCACGGACCCAUCCAACAACAAGAACCGCUUCUGCCUCGGCCUGCUAUCCAAUGUCAACCGCAACUCCACCAUCGAACACACACGCAGGCACAUAGGCAAAGGUUUACACCUGUACUAUGUGGGCGGUGAGGUGUACGCAGAGUGUCUGAGCGACAGCAGCAUAUUUGUCCAGAGCCGCAACUGCAAUUUCCAGCACGGCUUCCACGCCACCACCGUGUGCAAGAUCCCCAGCGGCUGCAGCCUCAAGAUCUUCAACAACCAGCUGUUCGCCCAGCUCCUCGCCCAGUCUGUUAACCACGGCUUUGAGGUCGUCUAUGAGCUCACUAAGAUGUGUACCAUCCGCAUGAGCUUUGUGAAGGGCUGGGGUGCCGAAUACCACCGUCAAGAUGUGACCAGCACCCCCUGCUGGAUCGAGGUACACCUGCACGGGCCCCUGCAGUGGCUGGACAAGGUCCUGACACAGAUGGGCUCCCCUCACAACCCUAUCUCUUCGGUGUCAUAAGAUGGACACAGGUGUGUGCUGUUCAUCCUUCACACAGGUAGUCGUAGAUUGUAUGUUCUGCUAUGUCUGGGUUUUCUGUCCAGUGGUCCUUCUUUUAACAUCUCAAACAAAAUUAUCGGUCACUCACAGAUUUGUCUCAUCAUGCAGCAUAACUGAAAUUGUGAUAUUUAUAGCUCAUGUUAAAUAAUUAAGAGUUCCUUAAUUUCAGUGAGACUGUGAUAAAGCAUUUAUCGUCUCUGUUGUUAUCGGGACAUUAGCUGCACUCCAAGACAAGACAAAAUGGGAUAUAUUUGUAGGUACUCAAAGAUUUGUGUUAUUACUUGUUGUAAAUGUUAUUACAGUUGUAUGUACUGUACUUCCAUGUGUUGACUUCAUGUACUGUUUGCUUUUUACUUGUAUCAUUAAAGUUGUUUUUUCUGUAA